AUGCUGGGAAAGAGCGACCCGGCCUACUUCACAGAGUUGUGUUUUGUGUACAUCACAGAGGGGAGAAUCGUCGAGUUCACCACUGCUCUAAUGGUCGGGCGGGUGCUUCUCAAAAUGGAUUACCCACUGUGUCCUCCUCAACUCAUCAUGCCCAACAACAUUAAUAAUGUGGAGGAAGGUCUUGAGAGUAGUAGAGCACCUUCAGCAGCAGCAGCUGGCAGCCGUCCUACUUUGUAUGAACUGUUACUCCGUCCUUUGAUGACAGUGCUUGACCAGGAAAUCAGCUUCCUUGGGGAAAGUACCGAGAGUUUGGCUGAGAAGAAGUUGAUGAUAUCAUAUGCUUUCCGUUUAAUCAAGAUAUUUGAAACGUCUGCACACCAUAUUCAUUCCUAUCUUCACUCACAAAGAUACAAGGAAGUUAGUGAUUUGGAGAUGAUAGUAGGCGACGUUGCUUCUCUGUUAAAGGACUCAGGCUUUGACGUAAAGCCUCGACAUAUUUGUGUGAAUGAUCUGAGUUUAUUCUUCUUCUUUCGAUUGUUUUCUUCUCAAGUGGUUGUGGCUAACUCUACAGUUGCAUGGGUGUGUUUGCUUUAA